CACAACCUCAUUCGGGCAAGCACAGCGGCGGGGUUACCACGAAAAGGUAAUCGAUCACUACGAGAACCCCAGAAAUGUCGGUUCAUUCGCAAAGGGGGAUGACAUUGGAAUCGGAUUGGUCGGUGCGCCAGCAUGCGGGGAUGUGAUGAAAUUGAGCAUCAAGGUGUCCGAGUCCGGCAUCAUUGAGGAUGUUCGUUUCAAGACGUUCGGUUGCGGAUCGGCCAUCGCAUCCUCUUCUCUGGUCACUGAAAAGUUGAAGGGUCUGACAUUGGAGGAAGCAGGUCGGAUUCGCAACACUGAGAUCGCCCAAGAGUUGAGCUUGCCACCCGUCAAGCUGCACUGCUCCAUGCUGGCCGAGGAUGCGGUCAAGGCUGCUGUGAGAGAUUACAAGUCGAAGAGGGAUCAGGCUAUCGCUCAGGGUCAAAAGCCAAAGACUGGCCACAUCGAUGUCUCUCAAUCCGUCACCACGGGUCAAACCACCGCCACUGCCAAUGUAGACAGCGGCUUCAAGUAAAUGUACGGCUCUGCAUUGAGACGCAGCCAUUCACACCGCAUGUCUCGUGCAUUGGAACUGGCCCAGAGAAGGCAAACGACAUCUUUCGACUCGGCACACAAAACCCCAAGCCCUCGCUACUUUCUGUCCGGCACUACCAGG